AUGAGUGAUGACAAGCAGUUUUGGACCGAGUUCCUUGAACUUUAUAAAGAAUCGCCUUCAUUAUGGCGUAUAAAAAGUAAAGAACAUAGCAACAGAGUAAUGAAAGCUGAAGCAUAUGAAAAAUUAAUUUUAAAAUUAAAAGAAAAAUAUCCCGACGCAAACAGGGAUAUGGUGGUAAAAAAAAUUAAUACAUAUAGGACAACAUACAGAAAAGAAUUCAAGAAAGUGCAAAGAAGCGAAAAGUCUGGAGCUGGAUUUGAGGAUAUUUAUGAGCCAACAUUAUGGUACUAUAAUAUUCUAAAUUUUCUCGAGGAUCAAGAGGAAAGUGCACCUAGCACAUGUUCAAUGGAAUAUGAUAGUUUAGAAGAGACUUCACCAAAAACAUCAACAACACAACAUAGACGUAAACGUAAAAUUACCGAGGAAGAUAAUUUAAUUAAAAUAGCGUGCGAACACCUGAAAUCACAAAAUAACAGUAACCAACAAAACAACAAUGACCCAGAUGAUGUGAUUGCCAAAUCUUGGGGUGCGCAAUUAAAAGAGAUGGAGCCUCAACAAAAAAUAUUGGCGCGUAAAUUAAUAUCGGAUGUUUUGUAUCAAGGAUGUGUUGGAAAUUUGAAUAAUUCGCACAUACAGGAAUUAUUCAACAUGUUUCAAUCCAGACCAACAACAGCAAUUUCUUACGUAUCCACUCCAUCGCCAGUAGAGCUUAUAAAUGCUCCAUAUGACCCAACAACAUAUAAUUCACAGGAAUCAAUACAGGGAUUCUACGCGAAUUUUCAAUAA